AUGGAAGCGAGAAGAAACCUAAUAUCAAAUGCAGCAUCGUUGAUCCGUACUGCGCGGGGCAGAGGGAUCAUUAUCUCCAGUGAAGCGAAGCAAGCUCUUGGUGUCCGGGCGCCAUGGGAUAUUGUGAAUCUUGCGUGUGUCUGGGGGUUGAAAUCCGAGAGGGCGAAGGAGGCGGUAAGUGAGGAGGCUAGGAAAGUGGUGGAUAUGGCUCGGGUAAAGAGAACGAGCUUUCGCGGAACAGUGGAUGUGAUAUACGGAGGGGAGGAGGAGGACGCUGGUGCAAAGAAGGUUGACCUGGUCAAUAAACCAGGAAGGCAGCCAGCCACCGUCUCUCUGAGCGCGUCUGAGGGGGGCGGCAUGAAACGAAAAGCGUCCUUGGGUGGUCCUGAAGGCCCGAGUAAGCCUUCUGGCGAACCGCAACUGUCCAAACGAGAGAUGAAGAGACGGGCGAAAAAGGCCAGGCUAGCGAGCGCCAACUCUUCAGACGCGUCCCCGGCAGCUUCAUAA